AUGACAAUGGAGAGCGCCAUCGGGCUAUCACGUAGCCACUCCGUUUCGGAGGCGCCGCCCACGCCUCCCCCCGUCCCCGAAUCCGCCAUCACUAACAUGCGGGGCGACAAAAUCGUCGUAGACUUCUCCGUCGCCGAAGAAGACUGGGGGGCCCGCGUGUGUCCUGUCAGUUGGUCAGUGAAUAACCUCCUCCUAUUCGGGCGCGGUAGUCGCGUGCACUACAAGAACCUCUCGGCCAAUGAGGCCAUCGGACAGCUGUGCAAGUUCCGCGAAGACCAGGGGAAUUUACGUCUCGUGGAGUGUGGCGGAAAGGACUACCCGAACCUCGUCGCUGUGUGCAGCGCCAACGGACACAUCCAGCUGUGGGAUCUCGCAGCUAAGAAAAUGGUCUCGAAGUGGACCACGAAGUCUACUACCGCGAUGCAGUGGAACGGCCCGAUUCUGACCGUCGGCGGUGAGCGCGGCUCUAUACGCCAGUUCGACACGCGCGUAUCCGACACGACGAAAAUGAGGGAACAGGUCAAGAAGACCAUGCGCCACCAGGCGAAAAUUAGCAGCCUAUCGUGGAACAUCGACGGGAAGUUCUUGGCGAGCGGAGACGAGAGCGGCCAAGUACACAUCUGGGACCCUCGCCAGGGAAUCGCGCCCUUGGAGAAAAUCCAGCACGUUGGGGUCAUCACGGCUCUCGCCUGGUGCCCAUGGCAGCCGAAGACACUGGCGACAGGCGACUCCGCGCUCGACGGCACCGGGACAGUGCGGAUCUGGAACGUGAACGGUUCCGUAUCGUCGAAUCACCCCGAUCGACUCGAGCUCGAUGCUCAGAUCACCUCUCUUCACUUUUCCCCACAUUGCAAAGAACUCCUCAGCACCCAUGGGCCCGGGAAGACAGUACCUGGGCACUCGCUGUCGACCCCCAUCGACCCCAAUACGUGCCCUGACGAGCAUGUUCCUUCAAGAAUCGCCAACUCUGUCCUAGUCCACGCUUUCCCGUCGUUCCGCCGCGUCGCGACUAUGGUGGGUGCGAAGGCGAACGUGGCGGGCAGCAUCCUCAGCCCGAAUGGGCAGAGGAUCGUACUCGCCGUUCCGGAGGAAAGUAAAUUAAAGGUCUGGGACGUCAUGAUGAGCGCGUGUUCCAUCCGGUGA